AAUAGAAUAAUAUUAAUUGAGAUUCCAAGCAAUAGUUGGAAUUAUUGUUUCAUGGAGUUCGGUUCAUGAUGGGGCUGUUUAAGAAAACAGUGACCGCAGGUUCAAUCGUGUUGUGCGCGUUUUUGUUAUUGAGGAGAAUCGAGAAGGAUGAUGUGGUGUUAUCAUCAAUUGAAGAAAGUGGUUUCAAGGGGGAGCUCCACCACACUAUCACAGAAGAUGGAUAUAUUUUAGGCCUCCACAGAAUACUGAGGCGUGCAAAUAACACAUCGAAACCUAAAGGACGUUACCCAGUACUUUUAGUUCACGGAUUGGAAUCUUCUGCUGUUGAUUGGAUAAAUCACCAUGGAACAGACUCAUUACCUUAUUUGUUGCUUAACGAAGGCUACGACGUUUGGCUUGGAAAUGUCAGAGGAACACAGGCUUCUCUCAAUCAUACAUCCAUCGAUCAUCGUGUGGAUCCAAGUAGAUUUUGGGAUUCAAGUGUCCACGAAAUCGGUUUCUACGAUCUUCCUGCCAUGGUGGACUACAUUAUUAACACAACUAAUAGUCAAAAACUUUUUUAUGUCGGCAUAUCUCAGGGAGAAGCAACUUUUCUCAUUAUGGCCUCAACACGUCCAGAAUAUAACAGUAAAAUACAGCUUGCUUCGCUAACAUCACCAAGUUCUCAUCUUAAACACUCUGACAAUGUAGUUUUGAAAACACUAGGGGCUUAUUGGCCGGUUCUUCAGUUGGGAGCAGAAACUGUGGGAUUAUACACAGUUCCUGGGAGAGAUAUGGUCGGAUCAUUUUGCCAGUAUAAUAUUUUAUGGCCAAUAUGCGAUGUAAUCAUUAUUCCUUUCCUUGGAUAUUCGAACCCGGAUCAAUCGUUGAACGCCAACAAAUUAUUCACGGUUUAUCCAGUGAGAUCCGCUUUCAAGCAGCUGUUACAUUACUUACAAAUGUACAAAUCAGGAAUAUUCAGACGAUUUGAUUAUGGAAAAGAAGGAAAUUUGAGAAUCUACGGCGAAGAAGAACCUCCAAGAUAUGACAUGCAGAAGAUUAUUUCUCCAGUUGCAUAUUUUUGGGGAGAAAAUGAUUGCUGGUCGAGGCCGAAGGAUAUGGAAGACAUUGAGAGGAAGUUACCGAAUAUGGUUCUCAGUUAUCGAGUACCUCAUAAAGCUUUCAAUCAUUAUGAUGUGCUAGUAGCUAAAGACGUGAAAGAGUUGGUUUAUUAUAAAAUAAUUGAAACGAUUAAUAGGUUCAACAAAACCUAGCACCAGAUUGGGAAAAUAAAAAAAAGGGAACCUGGAUAUAAUGUGGUACCUGAGAAAAGACUGGUGUAACCUUAAUAGAUGUGGUAAAUAUAUGGCUUACUCUAAGCCUAUAGAGGCUGAAAUAUAAUUUUCUGUAUGACGGUUAGCGAUAAAAUAAAUAUACUUACCUACUGGACAAGUAAGGGAAAAUUUCAUGUGAUUUUUUGCCAAAAAUGAGAAUCUGCCAUAAUAAUAGUAACUACCUAUGUAAACACUAUGUAAAAUAUUGAAAUAAAUUUUAUAAAAAAUGCAAAAUAA